CCGGAAGUAACUUAGUACUUUCUUAUCGAGGAUGAAGCCAAUAAUAUUGGAAAGUGCACAAUAUUCUUUGUCAUCCAUUUUGGGUCUGCCGCCUAUUUAAGUACAGCAUGCCAUACAUGCCCUCGAAUGUUGGCAGACUUCACUUUUGUCUCUCCACCCGCCAGCCUAUCUUCUCCUACCUCGUAAAGGUCUCGCCCACAUUAGGCCAGGAAGCAAAGUUCAUAAUAAGCAUGGAAAACGACGGGGAACCAGGGAAGGGAAACCGAGUAUCCCUCAAGCGAAAAAGAAUGGACUUCGAAGACGAUGGGUCGACGGAAGAUGACAUUGGAACCGAUGAAUUCGAUGACUCCGAGGAAGAAGAAUGGUGGGAGGAAGAUGAGAGCAGCGAUGAUAGCGAAGAAAUGGAUCGUGAACAGGACAUUGAAGAGCACGAGUAUACCGCCUCCGGUGACCCGGCACGAACGCUGAAGAUUCGGCUCUUUUUGACCGACGAACAAGUAGGCGGAUCCAAAUGGAUGAAAAAACUUUGUCGUCAAAUGCACUUGCGAUGGAUGGAAGAGCCCAGUGAGGAAACGUGCGAUGUGGCCUUCCAUAUCUUUGAUCGGUACGGAACAGUCAAGACUAAGUAUAAGGACCACCCAGUUCAAAGAGGAACUGGUAUAUGGGGAAAAGAGCUUGAUCAUGGCCCUCUUUUCCUAAUCGAAAAAGUUCAUGUUACAGCAAUGGAACUCCGUCGGAAAGGGCUGGGACAGAGAGUAGUGUCUUUGCUGUUGGAAAAGGCCAAGCGGUUCUGGCUAGACGAUAAGCCAGACGGUGAGAACGCAGAUUUUAUCUACGGUUCUAACGAGGCGUUUGAACGAGCAUGGACUCUACAUGCUUUAGUCAGCCCCGGAAUACUAACAGCUGAUAUCGAAUCGCAAUUAGGGGACAAGUCUGCAGAAGAACGCCUAAUGACGCGGGUUCGAGUUCAAUCCGGAGCCAUUGACUUUUGGCGAUCGUGCGGUUUCCGCCGAAUCGGAGCAUCUCGAUGUUUUGCAUAUUCGUUCGAUCUCCAACAUCAAUCUCGCACCCUUGCGGUAACUUCUGAUUUCGAUCCGCGCAGAAGCCAUGCUGAAGAUCUUGAGGACGAAGAAUUGGAAGUUAUCUAUGAAGCAGAUCGUUCUACUGAGAACUCAGAGCUUUUUUUCGUCUUGCAUGCCUCUGAUGAGCUUGGCUGGGAACGAGUGACCAAUUCUGAAGCCACGCUUCUGCAUUUAACGGCAUCCGAGCUCAAACCCCUGAGCACAGGGUGGCUAUUGGAGAAUAUUCACCACGCCAACUCCUGGAAGACAGCCCGUGAUAUUAACGGGUACACACCACUCGGAGCAUUACAGGAGAAGUUAGAGACAAUGCGUACACAAAAGCCAUAUGGCCUUUUCAGAAUCUUGAAUGUGUCAGAUCACUUCAAAGGGUAUCCUGACACCGCAGUGUCCUGUCUAUCCUUGUUGUUGGGACGCGAUGCUUCAGGGCGUGAUAAAACACGCCUCCGAUACGGAUGUACAUGUGGAGGGUGCUUAGAAGGAUUUCUAUCCCCCCGAAUGAGGAGCUCUUUGAUUUUUCAGGGCGAGACCAACUACGACCUCCAUCAGGAGGAUAUUGAUGAUGGCAGCUUUUGGGUACGGUACAACGACAACACCCUCGUGCACCUCGAUCCCGAUGUGCGAAGGAACCUCAAAACCAACAAAUCACUGCGAAAAGGCUUUGUAAAUAUUUUCCGAAUUGCUGUGGAGUGUCUCAAUUCUGGAAGAGCUCCUACUGCUGCAAAUAUCGAGUGGCGCUGUAACAAUCGGAGCGAGUGGCCACCGGAUACCAAGAACUACCUGCGACGCGCUGGGACGCAGAUGGGCUGUCGGGCAGUGCUUCGGUACAUGUUCGAUGCUGCUAAGGAAGCGGAUGAGAAAGCAGGUAAUGGAGAGUGUCAACGCAUAUUGAAGAGGGAAUGGUCAGACCUACCGACUUGCAGAAACGAUCACGAGUUUGAAUUUGCUGCUAGGGCUUGUGGUUACAGUGGUGAUGAUUCUAUUUCGUUCCCAUAUUGGUAUGCCAAUGUCUUUUUUUGCCCCUAG